ACUGUGCCAACAAUCAUUCGUUAUCGAGCUGCUCGAGCCUUCACAUCGUUAAACCACUUUCCACCUCAACGCUUUUAAGCAACAUGGAUAAUCGCAGUGCGUUGUUGAAGCUAUCAAUCUUGGCUGUGCUGGUCUUUAUGUUAGUCUGUGUGCAAGAAACAAAUGCUGGCCAGCAGAAGAAAAAGAAGAUUGUCAUCCACGUGCCAGUGCAUAAAAAGAUCGAAAAACAUGUGCACACGGUGAUCAAGCAUGUGCAUCAUCACCACAAGCCGAUUGUCCUAAAGGAGGAGAAAAAAAUCAUCCACGAGGAGCAUCGUCCCAUUCAAAUCCAUCAGACCAAGGAGCACAUUCAUCACCACGAGAAACAUGAGCAUGCCCACCACAAUCACCACAAUCAUGAUCAUCAUGAGCAUCACGAACAUCAUCAUCCCAUUGCCGAACAACAGUUGCCCAUCGAACACGAGGAGGAGGAGGAACACAUCCAUCAUCAUCAUAACUAUGAGCACAAGGAUAGUUAUGUUGGCGCCCAUUCGGAUGCGAGCAGCAGUGAGGAGCGCUGAGUCUAGUUUGUCAUUGUUUUAGCCAGCCAGCGCCCCAGGCACUGAGUGCGACGUAGACUGAGGAUUACACUCCAAGGAAACCAAAGAAAAUCCAACCAAAUAGAGUUUUUGUGAGUAAUUCGAUUGAGUGAAUGAUGCGAUUACUUACUUUGUGAUGUAUUAAUUUAGCUCUAGGAACAUAUUCAUUUUUUUUCUUUUUUUUUUAUUGCUUAUAAGUUAGCGCGUAAGUUUUAGUUGUAAUAAAUGGGGUGUUGUUAAAAAAAAUUAAAUCAAUUGUUUUACACUGUGCG